AUGGACGUGGUCGUGGACGUGGUCGUGGACGUGGACGUGGACGGGGUCGUGGACGUGGUCGUGGACGUGGACGUGGACGUGGACGUGGACGUGGACGCGGACGUGGAUGCGGACGUGGACGCGGACGUGGAUGCGGACGUGGACGUAGACGUGGACGUGGGCGUGGACGUGGACGUGGACGUGGACGUGGACAUGAACGUGGACGUGGACGUGAACGUGGACGUGGACGUGGACGUGGACGUGGACGUGGACGUGGUCGUGGACGUGGACGUGGACGUGGACGUGGACGUGGACGUGGACGUGGACAUGGUCGUGGACGUGGACGUGGACGAGGACGUGGACUUGGACGUGGACAUGGACGUGGACUUGGACAUGGUCGUGGACGUGGUCGUGGACGUGGACAUGGUCGUGGACUUGGACGUGGACGUGGACGUGGACGUGGACUUGGACGUGGACGUGGACGUGGACGUGGACGUGGACGUAGACGUGGACGUGGACUUGGACGUGGACGUGGACGUGGACGUGGACGUGGACAUGGUCGUGGUCGUGGACGUGGACGUGGACGUGGACGUGGACGUGGACAUGGUCAUGGACGUGGACGUGGACGUGGACGUGGACGUGGACGUGGUCGUGGACGUGGACGUGGACGUGGACGUGGACAUGGUCGUGGACGUGGACGGGGUCGUGGACGUGGACGUGGACGUGGACGUGGACGCGGACGUGGACGCGGACGUGGAUGCGGACGUGGACGUGGACGUGGACGUGGGCGUGGACGUGGACGUGGACAUGGACGUGGACGUGGACGUGGACGUGGACGUGGACGUGGGCGUUGACGUGGACGUGGACGUGGACAUGGACGUGGUCGUGGACGUGGUCGUGGACGUGGACGUGGACGUGGACAUGGUCGUGGACGUGGAUGUGGAGGUGGACAUGGUCGUGGACCUGGACGUGGAGGACUUGGACGUGGAGAUGGACGUGGACGUGGACGUGGACGUGGACGUGGACAUGGACUUGGACGUGGACGUGGACGUGGACCUGGACGUGGACGUGGACGUGGACGUGGACGUGGACGUGGACGUGGACGUGGACCUGGACGUGGACGUGGACGUGGACGUGGACGUGGACGUGGUCGUGGACGUGGACGUGGACGUGGACGUGGACGUGGACUUGGACGUGGACGUGGACGUGGACGUGGACUUGGACGUGGACGUGGACGUGGACGUGGACGUGGACGUGGAGGUGGACAUGGUCACGUGGACGUGGACGUGGACGUGGACGUGGACGUGGACGUGGACACGUGGACGUGGACGUGGACGUGGACGUGGACGUGGUCGUGGACGUGGACCUGGACGUGGACGUGGUCGUGGACGUGGACGUGGACGUGGACGUGGACGUGGACGUGGACGUGGACACGUGGACGUGGACGUGGACGUGGACGUGGACGUGGUCGUGGACGUGGACCUGGACGUGGACGUGGUCGUGGACGUGGACGUGGACGUGGACGUGGACCUGGACGUGGACGUGGACGUGGACGUGGACGUGGACUUGGACGUGGACGUGGACGUGGACGUGGACAUGGACGUGAACGUGGACGUGGUCGUGGACGUGGACGUGGACGUGGACGUGGACGUGGACGUGGACGUACACGUGGACGUGGACGUGGACGUACACGUGGACGUGGACGUGGACGUGGACGUACACGUGGACGUGGACGUGGACGUGGACGUGGACGUGGACGUGAACGUGGACAUGGACGUGGACGUGGACGUGGACGUGGAGGACGUGGACGUGGACGUGGACGUGGAGGACGUGGACGUGGACAUGGACGUGGACGUGGACGUGGACGUGGACGUGGACGUGGACAUGGACGUGGACAUGGACGUGGACGUGGACGUGGACGUGGACGUGGUCGUGGACGUGGACGUGGACGUGGACGUGGACGUGGAGGUGGACGUGGACGUGGACGUGGACGUGGACGUGGACGUGGACGUGGACGUGGAGGACGUGGACGUGGACGUGGACGUGGAGGACGUGGACGUGGACAUGGACGUGGACGUGGACGUGGACGCGGACGUGGACGUGGACGUGGACGUGGACGUGGACGUGGACGUGGACGUGGACGUGGACAUGGACGUGGACGUGGACGUUGUCGUGGUCGUGGACGUGGACGUGGACGUGGACAUGGUCGUGGACGUGGACGUGGACGUGGACGUGGACGUGGACGUGGACGUGGACAUGGACGUGGACGUGGACGUGGACGUACACGUGGACGUACACGUGGACGUGGACGUGGACGUGGACGUGGACGUGGACCUGGACCUGGACGUGGACGUGGACGUGGACGUGGAGAUGGACGUGGACGUGGAGGUGGACGUGGACGUGGACGUGGACGUGGACGUGGACGUGGAGGUGGACGUGGAGGUGGACGUGGAGGUGGACGUAGACGUGGUCGUGGACGUGGACGUGGACGUGGACGUGGUCGUGGACGUGGUCGUGGACGUGGUCGUGGACGUGGACGUGGACGUGGACGUGGACGUGGACGUGGACGUGGAUGGACGUGGACUGGACAUGAACGUGGACGUGGUCGUGGACGUGGACGUGGACGUGGACAUGGACGUGGACGUGGACGUGGACGUGGAGGUGGACGUGGACGUGGACGUGGUCGUGGACGUGGACGUGGACGUGGACGUGGACGUCGACGUGGACGUGGACGUGGACAUGGACGUGAACGUGGACGUGGUAGUGGACGUGGACGUGGACGUGGACGUGGACGUGGAGGUGGAUGUGGACGUGGACAUAGACGUGGUCGUGGACUUGGACGUGGACGUGGUCGUGGACGUGGACGUGGACUUGGACGUGGACGUGGACGUGGACGUGGACAUGGACGUGGACGUGGACGUGGACGUGGACGUGGACGUACACGUGGACGUGGACGUACAUGUGGACGUGGACGUACACGUGGACGUGGACGUGGACAUGGACGUGGACGUGGACGAGGACGUGGACGUGGACGUGGACGUGGACGUGGACGAGGACGUGGACGUGGACGAGGACGUGGACGUGGACCUGGACGUGGAGGACGUGGACAUGGACGUGGACGUGGACAUGGACGUGGACAUGGACGUGGACGUGGACGUGGACGUGGACGUGGACGUGGACGUGGACGUGGUCGUGGACGUGGACGUGGUCGUGGUCGUGGACAUGGACGUGGACGUGGACGUGGACGUUGACGUGGACGUGGACGUGGACCAGGACGUGGACGUGGACGUGGACGUGGACGUGGACGUAGACCUGGACGUGGACGUGGACGUGGACGUGGACGUGGACGUGGAGGUGGACGUGGACGUGGACGUGGACGUGGACUUGGACGUGGACGUGGACGUGGACGUGGACUUGGACGUGGACGUGGACGUGGACGUGGACAUGGACGUGGACGUGGACGUGGACGUGGACGUGGACGACGACGUGGUCGUGGACGUCGACGUGGACGUGGACAUGGACGUGGACGUGGACGUGGACGUGGACGUGGAGGUGGACGUGGACGUGGACGUGGACGUGGACGUGGACGUGGUCGUGGACGUGGACGUGGACGUGGACGUGGACGUAGUCGUGGACGUGGAGGUGGACGUGGAGGUGGACGUGGACGUGGACGUGGACGUGGACGUGGAGGUGGACGUGGACGUACACGUGGACGUGGACGUGGACGUGGAUGUACACGUGGACGUACACGUGGACGUGGACGUGGACGUGGACGUGGACGUGGACGUGGACGUGGUUGUGGACGUGGACGUGGAGGACGUGGCCGUGGACGUGGACGUGGAGGACGUGGACGUGGACAUGGACGUGGACGUGGACGUGGACGUGGACAUGGACAUGGACGUGGACAUGGACGUGGACGUGGACGUGGAUGUGGACGUGGACGUGGACGUGGACAUGGACGUGGACGUGGACGUGGACGUGGACGUGGACGUGGACGUAGACGUGGUCGUGGACGUGGACGUGGACGUGGUCGUGGACGUGGACGUGGACGUGGACGUGGACAUGGACGUGGACGUGGACGUGGACGUGGUCGUGGUCGUGGACGUGGACGUGGACGUGGACAUGGUCGUGGACGUGGACGUGGACGUGGUCGUGGAGAUGGACGUGGACGUGGACGUGGACGUGGUCGUGGACGUGGACGUGGACGUGGACGUGGACGUGGACGUGGUCGUGGACGUGGACGUGGACGUGGACGUGGACGUGGACGUGGACGUGGAGGUAGACGUGGACGUGGACAUAGACGUGGUCGUGGACGUGGACGUGGUCGUGGACGUGGACGUGGACGUGGACGUGGUCAUGGACGUGGACGUGGACGUGGACGUGGACGUCGACGUGGACGUGGACGUGGACAUGGACGUGAACGUGGACGUGGUCGUGGACGUGGACGUGGACGUGGACGUGGACGUGGACGUGGAGGUGGAUGUGGACGUGGACAUAGACGUGGUCGUGGACUUGGACGUGGACGUGGUCGUGGACGUGGACGUGGACUUGGACGUGGACGUGGACGUGGACGUGGACAUGGACGUGGACGUGGACGUGGACGUGGACGUGGACGUACACGUGGACGUGGACGUGGACGUACACGUGGACGUGGACGUACACGUGGACGUGGACGUGGACAUGGACGUGGACGUGGACGAGGACGUGGACGUGGACGUGGACGUGGACGAGGACGUGGACGUGGACGAGGACGUGGACGUGGACCUGGACGUGGAGGACGUGGACAUGGACGUGGACGUGGACAUGGACGUGGACGUGGACGUGGACGUGGACGUGGACGUGGACGUGGACGUGGACGUGGUCGUGGACGUGGACGCGGUCGUGGUCGUGGACAUGGACGUGGACGUGGACGUGGACGUGGACGUUGACGUGGACGUGGACGUGGACCAGGACGUGGACGUGGACGUGGACGUGGACGUGGACGUGGACGUGGACGUGGACCUGGACGUGGACGUGGACGUGGACGUGGACGUGGACGUGGACGUGGACGUGGACGUGGACGUGGACGUGGAUGUGGACUUGGACGUGGACGUGGACGUGGACUUGGACGUGGACGUGGACGUGGACGUGGCCAUGGACGUGGACGUGGACGUGGACGUGGACGUGGACGUGGACGACGUGGUCGUGGACGUGGACGUGGACGUGGACAUGGACGUGGACGUGGACGUGGACGUGGACGUGGACGUAGACGUGGACGUGGAGGUGGACGUGGACGUGGACGUGGACGUGGACGUGGACGUGGUCGUGGACGUGGACGUGGACGUGGACGUGGACGUAGUCGUGGACGUGGAGGUGGACGUGGAGGUGGACGUGGACGUGGACGUGGACGUGGACGUGGAGGUGGACGUGGAGGUGGACGUGGACGUGGACGUGGACGUGGACGUACACGUGGACGUACACGUGGACGUGGACGUGGACGUGGACGUGGACGUGGUUGUGGACGUGGACGUGGAGGACGUGGCCGUGGACGUGGACGUGGAGGACGUGGACGUGGACAUGGACGUGGACGUGGACGUGGACGUGGACAUGGACAUGGACGUGGACAUGGACGUGGACGUGGACGUGGACGUGGACGUGGACGUGGACGUGAACAUGGACGUGGACGUGGACGUGGACGUAGACGUGGUCGUGGACGUGGACGUGGACGUGGUCGUGGACGUGGACGUGGACGUGGACGUGGACGUGGACAUGGACGUGGACGUGGACGUGGACGUGGUCGUGGUCGUGGACGUGGACGUGGACGUGGACAUGGUCGUGGACGUGGACGUGGACGUGGUCGUGGACAUGGACGUGGACGUGGACGUGGACGUGGUCGUGGACGUGGACGUGGACGUGGACGUGGACGUGGACGUGGACGUGGUCGUGGACGUGGACGUGGACGUGGACGUGGACGUGGACGUGGACGUGGACGUGGACGUGGAGGUGGACGUGGACGUGGACAUAGACGUGGUCGUGGACGUGGACGUGGUCGUGGACGUAGACGUGGACGUGGACGCGUGGACGUGGACGUGGACGUGGACGUGGACGUGGACGUAG